AUGGUGCUCGUCACCCUCUACAUAAUCGAGCUUCGCGAUGCCGAAGAGGGCGGGCUCGAGCUCGUCGACCCGUCAUGGUGCCCGGAAGAGGGUCCCCCACGGAAGAAGGUCAAGUCACCGCCGGCCAUUUCCCCCACUGGCUCUUCCGCUUCCCUCUAUUCCGGCGCCUCAUCCAGCAUCGACUGGACCACGACGGGCACAACGCUGGAGAUGCAGGGUACGCGCGUGACGCGUACACAGUACGGAUUCCGCACGCUGCAACAGUCGGCCGCUAAGAUGUGCCUGAAAGUGACCGGGUACCCCCUCCCGGACAUUACAUGGUACAAAGACGACGUACUCCUCCACGAGGACGAGCGGCACACGUUCUACGCCGACGACGACGGCUUCUUCGCGAUGACCAUCGACCCGGUGCACGUCGACGACACCGGCAGGUACACAUGCAUGGCCACCAACGAGUACGGCCAGGCGUCCACUUCGGCCUUUUUCCGGGUCCUGAAGGUGGAGAAGGAGGCAGCUCCCCCGGCCUUCGUCUCCUCCCUGCGGGACCAGGAGUGCAAGGAGGGCGAGACGAUCGCCUUCGAAUGCGAGGUGGAAGGCUGGCCGGAGCCUGAACUGCUCUGGCUCGUCGAUGACCAACCCCUGAGGCCAUCCGCCGAUUUCAAGCUCCAAUAUGACGGCCAGAACGCGAGGCUCGAGAUCCGCGACGCGCAGCCGGACGAUACUGGCGUCUACUGUGUCCGGAUCCAGAACGAGCAUGGCAGCCAGGAGUCGAAGGCCAACCUCGCCGUCCAGGCCGACCCCGACAAGAAUCACGUGCCACCAGAGUUCCAGGCCGUAAUCGAAGACGUCGAAUGCCGUGAAGGUGAUGAGGUCCGAUUCAAGGCCGUCUACACCGGCGACCCGAACCCGGAAAUCCAAUGGACGAUCAAUGGCAUUCCGAUCACGGAGAGCGAGAAGAUCAGGCAUCUCAUGCUCAAAAUUUUCAGAAUGAUCUCCGAGGACGGAAUUUGCAUCCUGACCAUCAAGGACGUCACCAGACAUUUUGACGGCAUCGUCACCUGCCAGGCAAACAAUCGACUCGGCACCGCCAACUGUGACGCUCGACUUCGGGUCCGUGUUCCCCCAACACCGCCCACGUUCAGCACGCCGCUCGAGGACAAAAUUACCCAAGAAAAAUGCGUGGUCACCUUCGAAGUAGAGGUGGCCGGAUUCCCCGACCCGACGAUCGAGUUCAAGCUCAAGGGAAAGACGCUCCGCCACGGCGAGAACGGCGUGGAAAUCGUGGGAGGUGAUGGCUGCUACAGGCUCACCAUCGCCAACUGCUCCAUGGAUGAGCACGACGGGGAGCUGGUGUGUACGGCUCGAAACGAGCACGGACAAGCCGAAUCUCGCUGUCGCCUUUCGGUGGAGCCGCAGGAGGACGACUCAGUGUCGGCUCCGACUUUCUUGAAGGACAUUGAGGAUCAGACCGUCAAAGAGGGCCAAGAGGCCAUCUUCGAGACCACCGUCCGCGGGAACCCCAACCCGGAAGUUUCAUGGUAUAUCAACGGCCAUAAGAUGGACGGCUCGACACCGGGCGUGAAGAUCAACGUCAGCGGCCAGGACCACAAGAUCAUCAUCGACAGCGCGAGCUAUGCUGGAACGAUUUUGUGCAGGGCCGAGAACUCGAUCGGUCGCUUCGAGACCAAGGCGAAACUUGUCGUGCUGCCGGUGGAGAAGCCGAAGAAGGCACCAGUGUUCAGACAAGGACUCGUAGAUGAGACUGUCGUUGAGGGUGCAUCUGUCGUUUUUGAAGUUGCUGUCGAUGGAGAGCCGAAGCCGACUCUUGCUUUUACGCUGAAUGGAAAGGCACUACAGGAGGGACAGAAUGUCCGCCUCCGCGAGUUCGACGGUCAAUGGAAGCUCGAGCUCCUGAACAUCAAGCUAGAAGAGGCCGGUGAGCUCGUCGCUACCGCCACCAACUCCCAGGGCCAAGCCACCUCCACAUCAAGGCUCAACGUCGGCAGGAAGCCGUUCGCCCCCAGAUUCAGCCAGACACCCAAGAGCCUGACUGUCACUGAAGGGGAAGAGGCUGUAUUUACGGCAAAGGCUGAUGGUCAGCCACUUCCCACGUAUCUUUGGAGUGUUGAUGGGCGGAAGGUCCGCGAAAGCGGCUGGGAAGGUGUACGCGUCGAAACUGUCGACGGCGUCUCCACCCUGCGCAUCGACACCAAGCAGCACACCUUCAGCUCCACGAUCUCGGUGUUGGCCGAGAAUUCGGUUGAUGCUCACACAAUCACCCAGCACGAGGAGAAGCGCCUGGAGACGACAACCACCAUUAAGGUCACACAGAGCCCUAUCACCGAGACGACGACCGAAACUCGGACCACCUUCGACAGUGAGGGGAGGGAGACCGGCCGGGAAACGAGUGUACGUACCGAACUCGUCGGGCAGGAGACGUCGCACAUCUCCACGAAAACGACUACGGAGCACGAGGCGUCCGACAGCGCUACACGGCUCAGCCAGCAGGCUGAUGGUUCCGGUCCAUACCCGCCGCCACCCAGCGAUGGACAUCAAACUACACGCCAAACAGAAAUCCGAGUCGAAAAUUAUGAAGAAACUACCACCACCACCAGCGAGCAGACCGAAGAAACGACCGAGACCUCAUCGACCACCACCACCAUCUCCAAGCCCAAAAAGAAGAAGCUCAACGGGGUCAAGAAGGCCAACGGCAGCUCCGAUUUGGAAGCCUCGAGCCGGGAAGCCAGCUUCGAUCGCCAGCUCUCCACCACCUCCUCGGGUUCUUCGAUCCGUUCCGCCUUGGCGAAGUCGCCGUCGCAGAACGGUAGUCGCAAGAAUGUCCGCUUUGCUGAUGCUCCACGCGUCACGCGCGCGUUGCGGCCGCAGAACGUCGGCAAGGGUGACCUCGCGCAUUAUGAGGCUGUUAUCGAGAAUGCCGCAUCGGUCGCGUGGACCCAUAAUGGACAGCCGCUGACGAAUGGAGCACCAGGUGUCAAAAUCUCACAAGACGACAAAUUCGAGUUCCGCCUGUCGCUUGACACAGCCAUCUUCGGGCCUGGAACAGUCCAAGUCGUUGGCCAGAACCCGGGCGGACAAGCUGAAUCCUCGGCCGAUCUUGGCGUCACUGAACCCCCUAAGGAGACGAAGAAGCCCGAGUUCACCGACAAGCUCACCGACAUUGCCGUCACGCGUGGGCAGCCCUUCCAGGUGGACGUCAUCGCGCUGAAUGGCCCCGAGUUCAAGUGGACCCUGAAUGGGACGCCGAUGCAGGACGGCAAAAACGGCGUCCACAUUGCCCAGGAUGGCAACAAGGGCACGCUGAAGGUCGAUGCCGCUGAUGAUAGCCAUCGCGGCACCGUCACCGUACAAGCCAGCAAUGAAGUAAAUGAGCCGGCCAAGGCCCCGCAGAUCAGCGACGGCCCCUACAGCACGACCGUCAAGGAGCACGAGCAGGCCAAGUUCAGCGUCACCAUCACCGGCACCCCAGCACCCACUGUCAAGUGGUUGUUGAACGAGAAGGUCAUCGAACAGACAUCCACGAUCACGACAACGAGCUCCGGGACCGAGUAUUCCCUGACCUUCUCGGACUCGCAGCUCUCACACUCGGGCUCCAUCAAGGUGACCGCGCAGAAUUCUGCCGGCAUGGACGAGAAGCAAGCGUCCCUUACGGUCCAGCCAGGAUUCAGCAAGCCCACUAUCACCUCCAAAUUGAACGACACUUCCGCAGAAGAGGAUUCCCCCGUCCGCUUCGAGGUUCAACUGGAUAAGCCCCAGCCUGGCACCUCAGUCAAGUGGUACCUUAACGGAAAUGAGCUGAAGAACGGUGGACCGGUGCAGAUUGUCGACCACGGCGAUGGCACCUACCAUCUAACCCUGGCCCAACCUAAACCGGAUAUGACCGGAAAGCUGACCGUAAAGGUCGAAAACCCGGCCGGAAGCGAUGAACAAUCAGCCCAACUUACAGUUGGUGGCAGCAAGAAGAAGCCGGUCUUUGAAAAAUCCCCUCAGAACCACGAUGCCUUUGUUGACGACGAGAGCGUCAAGUUCUCGGCCAUUGUCCAUGGUACACCGACCCCAACGGUGACCUGGUCCCUCAACGGCCAGAAGCUGGUUAAUGGAGAUGACGUCAAAGUCAAGCAUGAACCGGAAACCGGCAAGACUUCCAUCCGCAUCUUCAAGCCGCAGUUGAACCAUACUGGAACUGUGCAGGUCAAGGCUGAAAAUGAGGCCGGAAGUGUGGAGGCCACGGCGCAACUCAAGGUCGAGAAGAAGCCAGAGAUGCCCCGCUUCACGACCAAUAUGGAUGACAGACAAGUGAAUGAGGGAGAAACGAUCAAAUAUUCCACUACUGUCGAAGGGUUCCCGGAACCGAGUGUGGAAUGGACCCUCAAUGGAAAGCCCGUCUCUCAGUUCCCGAAUAUCAAGACGACCAGUGACGGCAAUAAGCAUAAUAUUGAAAUCGCCGAGAUCCCGACCGAUCAGUCGGGAGAGUUGUCUUGCACCGCCACCAACUCGGCUGGACACAAGAAACAGUCCUGCCAACUUCAAGUCAAACUCACUGGAGAUGCCCCGACUUUUGGACAACAGCUAGAAGAACGAUUGGUUGUUGAGGGAGAGUUGGUUUUGAUGGGCUGUAAAGUCAACGACGUCAAGCCGAAGCCGAAAAUCACUUGGUACCGCGAUGGAAAAGAAAUCCCCCAGGGAGACUCUCACUUCAAGCUCAUCGAGAACCCCGACGGUACCCACCAGCUUCGCAUCGUUGAGGCGAAACUGGAGGAUAAGGGAAGGAUCACGGUCAAGGCCGAGAAUACCUUCGGAGCUUCGGAAACUUCCGCCUCUCUAGGUGUGACCAAAAAACGCCCAAUGGCCAAGCCCGCCUUCCAGUCGGAUAUCCCGCCAACAACUGUGAUGGAGGGAGAAUCCCUGCGUGUCAAUGUCCUCAUCACCGGCGACCCGACCCCCUUCGUCAAGUGGUAUAUCAACGGGCAAAUGGUGUGCGAGACGCCGGAUACGGAAUUGAGCUCCGCGAAUGGUGUAUAUACCAUGGUGAUCCAUGGCUGCACGACAGACAUGACCGGCAAGAUCAAGUGCGUCGCGUACAACAAGGCCGGUGAGGUGCAGACUGAGGGCCCGUUGAAGGUCAUCACCCCGGUUCCCGUCGAGUUCGAGACGUCUCUCUGCGACGCGACAUGUCGUGAGGGAGACACUCUUAAACUCAAAGCUGUUCUUUUGGGAGAACCUACCCCGGUUGUCACUUGGUAUAUCAAUGGCAAGAAGCUCGAGGAAAGCCAAAACAUCAAGAUCCACGCCGAGAAAGGCACCUACACCGUCACGAUCAAGGACAUCACAUGUGACUACAGUGGAAAGGUCGUCUGCGAGGCCAUCAACGAGUACGGCAAGGCCUCCUCGGAAGCUAUGCUGCUCGUACUCCCCCGAGGCGAACCCCCAGAUUUCCUGGAGUGGCUCUCAAAUGUCAAGGCGCGCCAGGGAAGCAAAAUCGUGCACCAUGUCGUCUUCACCGGAGACCCGAAACCGGAACUGACUUGGUAUAUCAACAACAAGAAGGCCGUCAACGGGACCGAGUUCGAGAUUGUCACCACGGAUACCACCUCGACGCUGACGAUCAACGACUUCAACCCGGACAAGCAUGUUGGAGAGAUCAUCUGCAAGGCGGAGAACGACGCCGGGGAGGUGUCGUGCACGGCCAAUAUGCAUACGUAUACCUCGGAGAUGUUCUCGGAGUCCGACUCGGAUGUGGUCGGAAGGGACGACCUGGGAGGUACGGAUGAGGAGAGCCUCACCGAGGAGAUCAUCCGGCGAACCCCGACCCCAAUUGCCGCACCCAAGUUCAUCGAGAGAAUCCAGGACACCAAGGCGAAGAAGGGGCACAAGGCCGUCUUCGAGUGCGUCGUCCCGGAUACGAAGGGUGUUGUGUGCAAGUGGUUGAAGGAUGGAAAGGAGCUCGAGCUCAUCGCCAGGAUCCAUGUGAGGACGAGGACCAUUGAGGGCUUCACCACGCAUGAGCUGGAGAUUGAGGAUGUGCAGCCGGAGGAUGCUGGAAAAUACACCUGCAUCGUCGAGAACCCGCAGGGAUUGGAUAAAUGUGAUGCCAACUUGCAAGUGCUUGAAGUUCUCGAGAAGGCCCCCACCAAACCUCCAGAGUUCAUCGUCAAGCUCCAAGACAAAACUGUCGGCGUCACCGACAAGGUCGCCUUCGAGUGCAAGGUCACCGGCGACCCGAUGCCAAAGUGCACAUGGUACCACGGAGAGCAAAUCCUGCGCUCGGAAACGAACAAGGUGACGAUCACCUCCGAUGAUGGGGUCCAGCGGCUUGUCAUUGAACACUGCGAGACCAGCCAUGCCGGCAAGGUCACGUGCGUGGCUGAGAAUGAAGCGGGUACCACCAAGACGACAGCGCAGUUGAUCAUCGAAUCAUCCGCCCCCGUCUUCACCAAGUCGCUCGAGGAUCGCUUCGUCACCAUCGGAGAAACUGUCGCCCUGGCCUGCUCAGUCCGAGGCCUACCCCAACCCACCGUCGAGUUCUACCGCGAGACCCAAAAGAUCGUCUCCAGCGAGCGCAUCAAGGUCGAGCACGACGCCGCCAACACCAACUGGCGCCUCCUCAUCACAGAGUGCACCCAAGAAGACCUUGUCCGCUACCGUGCUGUCGCCACAAACUCGGCAGGGUCAGCGAAAACGGAAGCUUUGGUGCAACUGAAGAUCGAUGCGCCAAAGAUUGAGGACGGGCUCAAGGACCGGAAGGUCAAGGAAAAGGACACUAUCGAAAUGGAGGCCAAGGUUUCCGGAACGAUCCCCGAAAUCAAGUGGUUCAAGGAUGGACAGCCCCUACGUCCGGAUGGAAAUCGUGUGAUUGCGCAGGACUGCGGAAACGGCGUCUAUAAGCUCAUUAUCAAAGACGCCCAACGCAGCGAUGCCGGACAGUACAAGAUUCAGGUGUCGAACCCGGCCGGCAAGGUCGAUUCGUCUGCUUGGGCUGAGGUGGCCUCGUUUUAUGAACCGCCCCAAUGGACGCAGCCACUCUCUGACACGCAAGUACUUGAGAAGCAGUGCGUCACUUUGAGCGCUGCAGUCACGGGAAUACCAUCCCCGUCCGUGGAAUGGCUCAAGGACGGCCAACCCGUGAAGGCAGACGGCUUCCACGUGACGAUCAAGGAGAGUCAGGAGGGAGUUCACUCAAUCACGAUUGAUGAGGCUCGAGCAGAGGAUGAGGGCCGAUACUCCGCGAUCGCUAAGAAUACGAUUGGCGAGGCAACAACCGCAGCAAACUUCGCGGUUAUUCGCGAUUACGUACCUCCAGAGUUCAUCGAAAAGUUGAGGAACAUUGAGGUGAAGGAGAAGGAAAACGCUACCUACACGGUAGUCGUGAAAGGAGACCCGAAACCGACUGUAGAAUGGCUGAAAGAUGGCCAACCCGUACAACUUGAUGGCCAGCAUGUCGUGGCUAAGGAUGAGGGCAACGGCAAGUUCUCGUUGACCAUCACCGAUGCACGACUUUCUGACGUUGGUUCUUACACGGCUCGCGCGAAGAGCGUCGCCGGACAAGCCGAAAGUACCGCCAAGUUCGCCGUCAUCAAGACACUCAGCGCCCCCGAAUUUGUCGAGCCGCUGAAGAACCUCGAGGUCAAGGAGAAGGACACCGCCACGUAUACCACAGUCGUCAAGGGCGAGCCUGAACCUAAGGUUUCUUGGCUGAAGGACGGGCAACCUGUCCAGGUCGAUGGCCAGCACGUCGCCGCCAAGGAUGAGGGCAACGGAAAGUUCUCGCUAACGAUCUCUGAUGCUCGCCAAUCCGACGUCGGCAACUACACUUGCCAAGCCAAGAACGAGGCCGGACAGGCUGAGACCAGCGCCAAGUUCGCGAUCGUUAAGUCGCUGCAAGGACCGGUGUUCACGGAAGGGUUGAAGCCGAUUGAGGUGAAGGAACAGGAAACUGCAACCUUGUCGGUGUCCGUUCAAGGCGAGCCCGCGCCUACUGUAGCGUGGCUCAAGGAUGGACAACCAGUGCAAAUCGACAAUCAACAUGUACUGGCUCGGGAUGGAGGCAACGGCCACUUCGAGUUGGUCAUCAAGGACGCGCGACAGUCUGAUAUUGGCCGCUACACCUGCAAGGCCACAAACCCUGCAGGACAAGCCGAGACUCAAGGAAAUGUCGCUGUCAUCGAAGAUGUGCAGGCCCCGCGCUUUACCGACGGCCUUAAAGGUCUUGAGGUUGAGGAAGGAAAACCUGCCCAGCUCGACGUCACCGUCAUCGGAAAACCCGAGCCCCAAGUGGAGUGGUUCAAGGACGGACAACCAGUGCUCAUCGACAACCAGCACGUGGUUUCCAAGAAGGACGAACAAGGCCACCACUCCCUGGUUAUCCGCGACGUGGCCAAGGCUGAUCUCGGAACGUACACCUGCCAAGCCACGAACAAGGCCGGAAAGGCCGAGACACUUGGAGAGAUCAAGGUGCCGAAGUACGGCUUCGAAAAAGUUGGCGGCGAGCAUGUCGAGCCAAUGUUCAUCGAGCCACUUCGUGAGCAUCUAGCCAAGGAGGGCGACAACGUCGUCCUUGAGUGCAAGGUCAACAAGGAGUCGAAGCCGGAAGUGCGGUUCUUCAAGGAUGGAAAGCCGGUCGAGCUCGGCCCGCAUAUGGCACUUGAGGUCCGUGAGGAUGGCACCAUUCGGUUGACCAUCAACAAUGCGACGAAGCAGGAUGUUGGCUCGUACAAGUGCGAGGCCUUCAACCCUGUUGGAAUCGCGCGGACUGAUGCUCCGCUAGAGCUGAAACACGCUGGAGAAGGUGUGGAAGAUCUGGGCGAAGAAGGAGUGCUUGGCGGGCUUGAUGAGAUGCCGAAGGCCGAAACCGCAAAACAAGACGGUGGUGAGGGACCGCCAGAGUUUGUCGAGCUGCUCCGGUCGUGUACGGUUGAGGACGGCUCGAAAGCGGUCCUGAAGUGCCGUGUAAAGGGUGCGCCCAAGCCGACGAUCAAGUGGACCAAGGAUGGCAAGACAGUGGAUAUCGGUACCCGAAUCCGCAGCGAGUUGGCUGAGGACGGCACCAUCACGCUGUCCUUCGACUCAACUACUCAAGCCGACGCCGGCGAGUACAGAUGCUUUGCUGAGAACAAGCACGGAAGCGCCUGGACGGAAGGCCCGCUGAUCGUCGUCCAGAAGGGAGCCCCACUCCCCUCUGGAGAUGCUCCGGACUUCCUUCAACCCGUCCGACCCGUUGUUGUUACCGACGGCGAGACGGCAGUGCUUGAGGGCAAGAUCUCCGGCAAGCCGAAGCCCACCGUCAAGUGGUACAAGAAUGGCGAAGAGUUGAAGCCGUCCGACCGGGUUACCAUCGAAGAUUUGGCCGACGGUACUGUGAGGCUGACGAUCAAGAACGCCUCGAAGGAAGACAUGUCCGAGUACCGCUGCGCCGCCACCAACGAGUUGGGCGAGGUGUGGUGCGACGCGACGUUGACCGUCAAGCCUAAAGGAGAGGAGAAGGCACCGGCUUUCACAAAGGAGCUUGCUCCGACUUCGGUCAAUGAUGGCGAGAAGGCCGUGUUUGAGUGCAAAGUCGAUGGCGACCCGCUGCCCAAGAUCGCUUGGUCGUGCGACGGCAAGCCAGUCGAAGAUGGCAAGAACGGCAUCAAGCUGGAGAGCCUCCCCGACGGCACUCAACGACUGUCAAUCGAUGCCGCCUCCCCCGCCCAGCAGGGCAACUACAAGGUCGAGGCCACCAACGACGCCGGAACGGCCAGCAGUCACGCGCCACUCACCGUCAACCCCGCAUCAUCUGGUCUCAAGAUCAAGCGCGGACUGGAGGACGUCACGGUCCAGAAGGGCGUGAAGAUUCGACUCUCCGUGGAGGUCGAGGGCCGCCCGAAGACCGUCAAGUGGUACAAGGGCACCGAGCAGGUCACAUCAACAAAGACCACCCGCCUCGAGCAAGUCUCCGAGAACGAGUACGCCCUCGUCAUCGAGGCCGCCGAGGUGGCCGACACGGACUCGUACCGCGUUGUGCUGUCCACCGACGGUGAAGCGGUCGAAUCGUCGUGCCGUGUCACUGUGGUGGAUGGUGAUGACAAGACGCCGACGUUCAAGAAGGGACUCUCUGACAAGAAGGUCCCCAAGGGACAACCCCUCGUCCUCGACAUCGAGGUCGAUGGAAAGCCGAAGGCCGUCAAGUGGUACAAGGGCAACGACGAGAUCAAGGACGGGCCCAAGGCCAAGAUCGAGGAUCUUGGAGAUGGAAAGUACCGACUUACCAUCCCGGAUUUCCAGGGAGACGAUGUGGGCGACUACCGCGUGGUCGUCUCCAACGACGCCGGGGAGGCCAAGAGCUCUGGAAAGGCCGAUUUGGCUGACGGUGGCGCCAAGCCGGAAAUUGUUUCUGGCCUCGUACCGACGUCGGUAGCUGCCGGAGAGACGGCCACGUUCCGCGUCAAGACCAAGGGACCCAUCGACAGCGUCAAGUGGUACAAGAACGGACAGGAGAUCCCCGCCCCGAAGGCCGAGGCCCUUGGGGAUGGUGUCUACCAGCUGACGAUCCCCGACGCCAAGAAGGACGACGAGGCUGAGUACAAGGUGGUCCUCGGCAACGCCGCCGGAGACGUCGACUCUUCUGCAGCUCUUACCGUCAAGCCCGAGGCCAAGAAGGACGAGCCCAAGAAGCCAGAGCAACUCGGCAUCAAGCGGAAGCUGCAGGACACCACAGUUCCCAAAGGCGAAGACGCCGUUCUGGAGAUCGAGACCACGAAGCCACCAAAGGAGGUGAAGUGGUACAAGAACGGGAAGGAGGUCGCUGGAAAAAUCAAAGCUGAAAAUGUUGACGACAACAAGUACCGCCUCGUCAUCCCCAAGUGCGAUGAUGACGAUGUGGCUGAUUACAAGGUCGUGCUGAAGGAUGAUGACGGCUUUGAAGUCGAGGAUUCCUGCCGUCUGACGGUGAAGUUGCCAGGCGAGGAGAAGCCUAGCAAGGCAGGAGAUGACGGACCGAACGUACCGCAAGGAGAAGACGGAAUUCUGGAAGUGGAGACGACCAAGCCGCCGAAGGAGGUCAAGUGGUACAAGAAUGGCAAGGAGGUCUCUGGAAAGGUCAAGGCUGAGGAGAUUGACGAUAACAAGUAUCGCCUGACCAUUCCGAAGUGCGACCAGGAAGAUGAGGCCAACUACCAGGUAGUCUUGAAGGAUGAAGAUGGCUUUGAGGUUGAGGACUCCUGUGCCCUCACUGUCAAACUGCCGAAGAAGGAUGACGGGGGCAAGUUCGGACUGAAGAAGGGACUUCAAGACACUGCCGUACCACAAGGAGAAGACGGAAUUCUGGAGGUGGAGACUACCAAACCCGCCAAGGAGGUCAAGUGGUAUAAGAACGGCCGCGAAGUCACCGGAAAAGUCAAUCCCGAGAAAAUCGACGAUAACAAGUACCGUCUUACCAUUCCCAAAUGCGACCAAGACGACGAGGCCAACUACAAGGUGGUCCUGAAGGACGAUGAUGGCUUUGAGGUCGAAGACUCUUGCGCCUUGACUGUCAAACUACCAAAGAAAGAUGAUGGUAAGAAGGAGGACGGUGCUCCUGGUUUCAAGAAGGGGCUAGAAGACCUCAUCGUCCCCAAGGGCAAGCCAAUUCAUUUGGAGGUCGAGACAACCGGCUCUCCAAAGCAAGUCAAGUGGUACAGGAAUGGCCGGGAAUUGACCGACGCCGAUGCCAGGCCCACGAAGCUUGAUGACAACCGCUUUGCCCUAGACAUUCCGCAGGCCGGCCCGAACGACGAGGGCCAAUACAAGGUCGAGAUCUCGAACGACCACGGAUCCGCCACCUCUGAGGGCAAGGUCGAGGUGGACGAGCCGCUGACGUUCCUUCGCCCACUCAAGGAUGUUGAUGUGGUGGAGGGAGAAGAAGCUGGCUUCGUCGUGGAGACGAACGCACGGGUUAGGACCGUGCGUUGGUAUUCAAACGGACGGGAGCUGGCCGCAAAUGAGCGGCUACAAAUCACCGCCGAAGGAAAGAGCUUCCGGCUGACGAUUAGAAGAGCCGAGAAGAGCGACGCCGGAGAGAUUAAGGUCGUGCUCGGUAAUGCCGCCGGUGAGGUCGAGUCUUCUGCGAAGCUGACGGUGAAGAAGGGCACCAAGGGAGCACCGAAGAUCCUGAAGGGACUUGAGGAUGCUGUCGUGGCGAAGGGUGAUAAGCUCGUCUUCGAAGCUAAGGUCGAGGGCGAUGACGUCACGGUGAAGUGGCUGAAGGAUGGAGCACCAAUUCCCGCCUCAGCAAAUGCUGUCAUUGAGAAGAUCGACGAUAAUACCUACCGCCUCACCAUCCCUAAAGCCGACGUUGGUGAUGCUGGCAAAUACACCGCCGAAGCGUCGAACGACGCUGGCAAGGCCAAAUCAGACGCGAAGGGAGAGGUUGACGAGAAGCCCGAGAUCACCCGGGCUCUUGAGCCAGCUUCGAUCGAUGUGGGAGAUGAUCAUAUCUUCCGUGUCGAAGUCUCGAAGCCGGUCCGCCAGGUGAAGUGGUAUCGCAACGGGCAAGAGCUAAAGCCCGACAAGCACGUCGAGCCCCGCCAGGUCAACCCCAAGAAGUUCGAGCUGGCCAUCAACAAGGCGCUGCUCGACGAUGGGGCCACGUACAAGGUGGUCCUGUCCAACGCAGCAGGAGAAUGCGAUUCGUCGGCCGAGCUGACGGUGGCCAAGCCCGAGUCGCUGAAGCUGCUUGAGGGACUCAAGGACGUGACCGUCGAUGAGGGACAGCCUAUCGAACUGAAGGUGAAAGUCGAAGGCCGACCUCGUCAGGUCAAGUGGUACCGCAACGGGCAGGAGCUUGCCCCAGGUGACGGCCUGGAGUUGAAGGAAAAUCCGGAGAGCGGCGAGUACUCGCUGCGGAUCCCGGCUGCAAAGAAGUCCGAUGGAGCUGCAUAUCGCGUCGUACUGUCCGGAGAGAAGAAGGGCGUGGAGGUGGCAUCGGGGGCUGUGGCUCACGUCAAGGCCGAGAGGCCGAAAGCCGAGCCUAAGCCAGCCAUCUUCAUGCAACCGCUGCGUGAUACUGAAGUGCCGGAAGGGGAGACGUUGACGCUGACUUGCCAGAUCGGCGGCGACCCGCUCCCCACCCUCACCUGGUUCAAGGACGGCGCCGAGCUCGUCAAGGACGAUCGCACCACAUGGCGAGUCGCUCUUGACGGCACGGCAACGCUACGUGUCCGUGACGCCCGCGCCUCCGACUUUGGCACCUACAAGGUCGUCGCCAAGAACGACGCCGGCGAGGCGGACAGCCAAUGCAAAGUCUCCGUUUCUGCUCGAAAAGAGGAGGCCCAGCCUCCGAAGUUUGUCAUCCCGCUUCGAGCGUGUGCCAACGCGCUGGGCGCCAAGCAGGAGUUCAACGUCAAGGUUCGCGGACAUCCGAAGCCAACCCUGGAAUGGACGAUCGAUGGAAAGCCGCUCGUCCAAGACGGCCGAAUCACGGUCGAAGACAUGGCUGACGGCAACUAUUGCCUAACCAUCCGUGACAUCCGUGCCGAAGACUUUGGCGUCAUCCGUUGCGUCGCCAAGAAUGAGAAUGGCAGCGAUGAUUGCGAGGCCAAGUUCGUGCAGGGUGUCCCGCAAGAAGGUGUCGAUCGGGAGGGCGAGGGCUAUCCGCCAAAGUUCAACGUCCCGCUGUGGGAUCGUCGGAUCCCGGUUGGAGAUGUUCUGGCCAUCGAGUGCCAUGUCGAUGCCAAGCCUCACGCUUCGAUCAAGUGGUUCAAGGACAACGUCGAACUGCUUGAGAGCGAGCUGUGCGAGAUCCGGAACUCUGCCGAUGGUGCCUGCCGCGUAAGGCUUGCCCGCUUCACUGAAGAACUCACCGGCUGCUACCGUUGCCAGGCAACCAACUGCUAUGGUGUGGCUGAUACUCGGGCGUACUACGAGGUCGAGCUCUUCAAGGAGGAGGAGAUCGUCGAGAAGAAGGAACGAGCACCCAAGUUCAACCCCGGCCUUGAGGACAAGACCACCCGAGUUGGGGAGCGCCUCGUACUUUCUUGCAAGGUGGAUGGCUCGCCUCUCUUGGUCAUCACCUGGUACAAGGAUGGAUGCCCAGUACGAGCAGAUGGGCGACACAGUCUAGAAGGACCGGAUGAGAACGGUAUUUGCCAACUGAUAAUCCACGACGUACUCCCCGAAGAUGAGGGCGCAUAUCGGUGCGUGGCCGAAAAUAGCUUGGGAAGCUGCAACACCGCUUGCCAAGUAACCGUCAAGACCGAGAAGGUCGAGAAGAAGCGUGAAGGGGAGGAGCCGUCAUUUACCAAGGGUUUGGUGGAUGCCUGGACCGAGCGUGGUGCUUCGCUUACGUUGAAGUGCGAGGUCCGUGGCGAUCCAUUCCCAGAGAUCAAGUGGUAUCGCAAUGGAGCGCUUGUCCGCAAUGGCCCACGGACUCGAGUGGAGACAACGCCAGAAGGAGUUUGUACUCUAACCGUCUCUGAAUGCACAAUGAGUGACGAGGGCAUCUACAGGUGCGAGGCCGAGAACAAGCACGGAAAGGCCAAGACCCAAGCCACCGCCCAUGUCGACAUGGGACUCGGAAAGGCCGAUAAGGCCCCGAUUGUGGAGGGAGAGGCCCCGCGGUUCGUGAUCCCGCUCUCCGACUGCACGCUGAGACUCGGAUCGACGCUUGAGUUGGAGUGUAAGGUGACCGGAAAGCCGAUGCCGAAUGUGAAGUGGAGCAAGGAUGGUGCGCUGAUUGCCGAUGAUGCGCGGUUUAGCUGGGAUAACGAUCAGAAGAACGGUUCCUACCGUCUCUCCAUCCGCUCUGCCACCGCUGCCGAUGAGGGCACGUACCGAUGCGUGGCCAGCAAUGAGAGUGGCUCGGCUACGACGAAGAGUUUUGUCAGGAUUGAUGAAUUCACCCCAUCUACAAUCACCUCCCGACCCGAGCCGCCCCGCUUCUCGAUCAAGCUGGGCGACGCGCGAGCCGUUGAAGGGCAGCCCCUGCACUUUGAAUGCAAGAUCGAGGGCUCACCCUUCCCGGAAGUGACCUGGUUCAAGGACGGCGCCCGAGUAACACCUGGGCCAAGAAUCCAACUCUCUGUCGAUCCCGCGACCGGAACUGCGUCGCUCCACAUUCCAAGCUGCAACAUGGACGAUGAAGGUAUCUACCGUGUUGUUGCCACAAACCCCGCCGGAAGUGCCCACGACAAGGGCCAGGCUACGGUAAAGCGAGCACCGAAAGACCAGCAGCCAUCCGGGGCAUCGCCUUUCGGAGGCGCUCCUGCAUACGAGCAGGGCAAGGCCCCCAAGCUCAUUGACGCGCUCGAAAACGCACGACUACCCGAGGGUGACAACUUCACACUCCGAUGCAAAUUUGCCGGCGAUGGCUUGUCGGUGAAGUGGUAUAAGGAUGGAGAACGGUUGUUCCCCUUCGGACGAGUGCAAAUUGCUGACCUGCCCGACGGCGUCUACGAGCUGCGCGUCGAGGGUGGUCAACGACAGGACACCGGUGCGUACCGGUGCGUGGCCGAGAAUGCCUACGGAUCUGCACGUACUGCCGGUGAUGUCAAUGUGCAACGUGGAGAGCGACGAGCUCCCUCUACGGAACCAUCGAGGGCAGGUCGUGCUCCGGGCUUCACGAUUCCGCUGACUGUCAAGAGGGUGAAGGAAGGCGAGCCAGCCACACUGGAAUGCUUGCCCUUCGGCGAGCCGUUCCCUACAAUCAAGUGGUUGAAGGACGGCAUUGAACUUGUUGCUGAUGAGCGGAUUUUGAUCGACGCACUGCCCGAUGGAACGCAGAGGUUACGAAUUCCCGCCACUACGUUCCUUUCCGACGGCUUCUACCGCUGCGUAGCUACCAACUCGCACGGAACCGCCUCCACCAAAGCCGAGCUCACCGUUGAUGAAAGCUAUAACUCUAGACAAUCUAAG